AUGUGUGAAAUGAUCACAACAGUCCCCUACAGGGCUAAACACCGUAAGUGCUUCCUGUGGUACCAAUUUCCUCCUUUUUCUUGUCGGUUGCGCUAUGUAGUGUACCUACCAAUUCUUGUUGGCACCGUACCAGUACCUGUUGGCACUGUACCAAUACAUGCUAGCACCAUACCAGUUCAUGUUGGCAUCGUACAAGUACAUGGUACCGUACCAAUUCUUGUUGUACCAGUUCCAAUUGGUACUGUACUAGUACUUGUUGGAGCCGUACCAGUACCUGUUGGAGCCACACCAAUACUUGCUAGUACCAUACCAAUUCUUGUUGUACAUGUUCCUACCGGUACCAUACCAGUACCAGUUGGAACCGUACCAGUACCUACUGACACUGUACCAGUACCUGUUGAUGUUGUACAAGUACCUAUUGGUAUCAUACCAAUGUCUUCCGUACCAGAACCUGGAUAUGCCGUACCAAUUCCUUGCUCGGCCAUUCUAUCUUUUCUUGGUACGGCCUCCCCUACCACUGUCUGGUCUACCGUACUGGUACCCUCCGUGGUUUCUGACGCUAGUACUAGUUUCUGUGGUAAUGAUACCCACCGCUGCGCUAGUGGUUCCCCUUCAUUGAUUGUUCGAAACAACACCCCUACUGAUCGUACAUCCCCUACAGGGCUAAACACCGUAAGUGCUUCCUGUGGUACCAAGUGUACCGAAGAUAAUUUCGAGGGUGUGAAUUUUACCCUCGUACUUUUCCAUUGA